AACUCGGAAAUUUAGUACAUCAUUAAUUCUUUAAUCUUUUCAAUUAAAGAAUUGAUUUAAGAAUAAGAAUGGAUAAUUUAACGACCAUUUCAGUCACUGAAUAUUAUAACAAUAUUACAUUUUCAACAGGAACCGUCGAUAAUGACUUAUUUUUCGAUCGGCAUCAGUUUAUCAAAACAAAGCCAUGGCUUGCCAUUCCGUGUUUGGUCAUAUUGGUGAUUGCAAGCAUUGUUGGCACGUUUGGGAACAUUUUGACGCUAGUAGUUAUAGCAUCGAAAACCAAGCAAAGGAAAGCCGAGUCAAUUUUUAUCGUCAAUUUGGCGAUUUCUGACCUAUAUGUUACGACACUAGCUGACCCAAUGAGCAUAGUGGCAAAAGUCGAAGGCGAGAAAUUCUUUGACAGUGUCCCGAAACUGUGUCAAGCAAUUGCAAGCAUGUGUACCAUCUCCUGUGUGACGUCACUGAUGACAAUCGGCCUCAUGAGUUUGAAUCGUUACAUCUACAUAUGUGUAAAUGAACAUUACGAACGCAUAUAUACAAAACCAAAGUGCAUAUGUAUGUGUAUAUCUGUCUACUUCGUCGGUUUCCUUUUGGUUUCGCUGAAUGGCGCUAAAAUCGGCGAUCAUGGCUACGACCGUAAAAGCAUCGAGUGUAUUUGGGACCGUAUGGCGACAUUUCCAUACACCGUUGUGUUUUCAAUAGCGCUCGUUUGGAUUCCAUCGGCUGUCAUCGGUAUCUGCUAUUUAAAGAUAUUUCUCUACGUCAGAUCGCAUAAAAAGCGCAUGCGCCCUCAGAAGAGUCUCUAUGGAAAGAAGACGGCUCUUAAAAGUUUCCGUUUGGCAAAAACCCUCUUCUUCAUUUACGCGGUUUUUGUCACCUGCUGGGCACCGUAUGCGCUUCUGAUCGUCCUAGACACAAAUGACGACUUUCCCUACGAAUCUCAUCUGAUAAUUACUCUUUUUGCUCAUCUCCACCCAUCAGUUAACUGGAUAAUUUAUUAUUUCACAAACAAGAGGUUUGCGGCGUCGUAUAGGGAGGUGCUCCUUCGAUUUAAACUAUGCAUUCUAUGUAAAGGCCAAGACAUUUCCCUUGGUCAACAGGGUGGUAGACAGCGUGGAACUGAUGGGUCUUCUUUUCCUACUUCUGAUCGGGCGAAGGAAGGAAUUAAAUCUCAAAACACGGGGGAUUCGGGUGUUGUUAGCGGUUUUCACACAACUAACUGUUGAAUAAGAUGAGAUGAUUCCUUUCAGUAAAUACUGUACAUAAUAUGAGCCGUGUCACGA